AUGUCAAUUGAUAUUCCUUUUCCUGUUAAUUCUUCAUGUUGGGUGCUGUACAUAUCUAUCUCAUUCACUUCAUUAUCUAUCUACUAUCUAAUUCAGUUCAUUAUCUAUCUAUCUAUGUAUCUCAUUCACUUCAAUAUCUAUCUAUCUCAUUCACUUCAUUCUCUAUCUAUCUAUCUAUCUAUCUCAUUCAGUUCAUUAUCUAUCUAUCUCAUUCACUUCAUUAUCUAUCUAUCUAUCUCAUUCACUUCAUUCUCUAUCUAUCUAUCUAUCUCAUUCACUUCAUUCUCUAUCUAUCUAUCUAUCUAUCUAUCUAUCUCAUUCACUUCAUUCUCUAUCUAUCUAUCUAUCUAUCUAUCUCAUUCACUUCAUUCUCUAUCUAUCUAUCUAUCUAUCUCAUUCACUUCAUUCUCUAUCUAUCUAUCUACCUCAUUCACUUCAUUCUCUAUCUAUCUAUCUAUCUAUCUAUCUAUCUAUCUCAUUCAUUCAUUCAUCUAUCUAUUCAUCUAUCUCUCAUCUAUCUAUCUAUCUCAUUCACUUCAUUCUCUAUCUAUCUAUCUAUCCUCAUUCUCUUCAUUCUCUAUCUAUCCAUCUAUCCAUCCAUCUAUCUCAUUCACUUCAUUCUCAUUCUAUCUAUCUAUCUAUCUAUCUCAUUUUAUCUUCAUUAUCAAUCUAUCUAUCUAUCUAUCUCAAAUCACUACUUUCUCUCUAAUCAAUCUAUCUAUCUAUCUAUCUCAUUCACUUCAUUCUCUAUCUAUCUAUCUCAUUCACUUCAUUCUCUAUCUAUCUAUCUAUCUCAUUCACUUCAUUCUCUAUCUAUCUAUCUAUCUCAUUCACUUCAUUCUCUAUCUAUCUUUCUAUCUAUCUAUCUCAUUCAGUUCAUUAUCUAUCUAUCUAUCUCAUUCACUUCAUUCUCUAUCUAUCUAUCUAUCUCAUUCAGUUCAUUAUCUAUCUAUCUAUCUCAUUCACUUCAUUCUCUAUCUAUCUAUCUCAUUCACUUCAUUCUCUAUCUAUCUAUCUCAUUCACUUCAUUCUCUAUCUAUCUAUCUAUCUAUCUCAUUCUCAUUCAUCUUCAUUAUCUAUCUUCAUUCAUCUCAUUAUCUAUCUAUCUAUUUCAUUCAUUCAUUCUCUAUCUAUCUAUCUAUUAAAUAUUCAUUCAUUAUCUAUCUAUCAUUCAUUCUCAUUAUUCUUUUCUAUCUAUCUCAUUCACUUCAUUAUUUAUCUAUCUCAUUAAGUUCAUUAUCUAUCUAUCUAUCUAUCUCAUUCACUUCAUUAUUUAUCUAUCUCAUUAAGUUCAUUAUCUAUCUAUCUAUCUAUCUAUCUAUCUAUCUAAUUCACUUCAUUAUCUAUCUAUCUAGUCAAAGAGCUUAA